GUGGCCCACAACAAGGGCCGGGAGAUCUCGCCGACCACCGUUCCGCCGGGCACUUACGUCUACUUGGAUUGGAUCCCGACCAGAGCCAUACAGCCACUAGACGGAAACAGGAACAAUGAUCAGCACGACGAGCAGGGUCGUGAUCCUCGCGGGGGAGGGAAAAUGGAAAAGAACAGCAUUUUUCCCAAGAGGGUAUCAACUCCACUGGG